AUGGAUUUAUUAUCAUAUCAGGAAGAACACCCUCGCUUCUUUCUUCUUCCCUGUGACUCAGAAAAUGCUCAGCAGUCACCUUCGAAAAAGAGAGGUGCUUUAAAGGAGCAGUCACGUGACAACCCUGGUCUUGAUGAUGAUGAUGAUCAAGACACUACUGCUCUUGAGAGUGGUACCUUCAAGACUGCAAGUGAGGAGGCGGUGGCUACCAGAAGAAUCGUCAGAGGUGUUGGCUGCAAGAGUGGAACUGUUAUUACUGAAGAGGCUAAAGGUGACAAUGGCAACAGCAACACUGAUAAGGGUAGUGACUGUGGUGUUGACAAGAGUGAAGCAGUUAAUGGUGGAGAGACAGCUGAAGAUGAAACAAAAACAACAAUAGAGACUCAAAAGGCUAAAGAUGAUGAGGGGAGUGACUGUGGUGUUGACAAGGAUUCAGCUGGUGGUCAGACUGAGAAAGAAGGCACUGAUAAGAAUGGAGAUAACAGUGGAUUCUUUACCUCGCUGGAACUAACCAUCUUCCCAUCAAAGGAAGAGGUUUCAGUGGAAACAGGAGAAGAGAACGAGAGAGCAGCCUUCACAGCUGCUGAUUCAGUAUUGUUCGAAUACCUUGAAGGAGGAUGGAAAGAGCGUGGGAAAGGACAAGUCAAGCUAAACGUAUCAACAACCGAUAGCAGAAAAGCAAGGCUAUUAAUGAGAUCAAAAGGAAACUACAGGCUGAUCUUAAACGCAAGUCUAUACCCCGAAAUGAAACUGGCGAGCAUGGACAAGAAAGGCAUCACAUUUGCUUGUGUAAGGGAAUCCAAGAGUGGCUUAUCUACGUUUGCACUCAAGUUCAAGGAUCCAGCCAUUGUGGAAAAGUUCAGAGCAGUUAUCGAAGAACAUAAAAAGAGUAAACCCAUGAGUGUAAAAGCAGUAGCAGCUCCUUUGAAGACACCUGAGAACUCGCCCGAGGGAUAAAGAAAAGGCUUUUGUUCUUGUCUUUAGUUGUUUGAAGUUCAAAUUUGGCAUAGGGAAUAGAGAGAGAGAGAGAGAGAUACAAGAUCAUUUAAAACUCCUUAUGGGCUUCGUAAUCGUAUGAAUAUUGAAUGUGACUGCUGUUGUCGUUAAUCUUUUUUUAUCUUAACUCAAUAUCAAAUACACAUCCGGCUUAGAGUAGCUAACUCAGUACACAAGAACUCAUCCCAAGGGUCAAACACUACAUUUGUGUAUAGUAUUCGCUUAUCUCAUCUCAUUCCCUCAAAGAGUAUGUGUAUAGGUUCUUAAAUAAAUGAGGUUAUUCGAUUUAGUCUGACAAUAAUAUCACCAUAACCCUUUUCUCAAAAAAAUAUAAUAAUAUCACCAUGAAAAUUGACCCAUGACUUAAACAUCACCUCAUCUUUAGUGGAAAUGCGUUGCCACGGGAAGAGACAAGUUUCUGAGUCAUGGAAGUGUUAGAGCAAGAGCAUCAGUGAACUCCCUUUUAGAUUCAUCUUCUUAAUUUUUUAUUAUUAAAUUUUUUAAUUUUUUAUUUUGAUUUUUUUU